AUGUAUGGUGAAAAUGAGAGAAUAGCCAAAGUUAAUAGUAUAUCAAUUAUAAAUAUUAUGUCUACAAUAUCUUUAAAUACUGGAAUUCUCCUUUUCGCAGAGUAUUUGAAUUCUACACAGAAUAAAGAUAUUCCAAUGGUUCAGAUGUUUUAUGCGUUAAAUCAACUUCCUGAAAUUGCGUUAUCUUUGAUUUUCAUUAUUACAAAUACUGAUAGAAGAGUUAUCAAACAGAUUUCAGCAAUUCCUCGAAGUUCAACAAUUGUUGUCACAUAA